ACACCUGAGCUCCUGUUUUGGUAGUUUUGUAUGCGUUCAGAUGAACAGUUUGGAUUAGUAAGAUCACGUUGCUGUGGUGAACUGUGAUCAUUAAGCCUGUUUGAACAGUAUAUGUUAAUAUUACAAUUACUGUGUGAUCACCAGGUCCAGGUCUGUCUCUCCUCGUGGCUCCCGCUCAGUGUCUCCCUGAAGAUCCAGAUCUGCCAUGCCCAGGAGGUCCAGAUGUAGGUCUAACUCCAGGUCACAGUCUGGGUUUCCAGGCUGGAGCAUGUAGGUGAUACUGUCCUGAGCAGUCAGGUAACAAAGAGGCGUUGAGCUGUGUUACCUGUUUGUCGUCAUGGCUGCAGCUGUACAGGAUUCUGUAUUGUGUUAUUCGGUGGUGGUUGAGGCUUUGCUCCCUCCCUCUGGAUCUCCAGCUAGAAGAUUGAGACUCUGCAGCUCAGCUGAAAUUAAUUUCAACGGUGUUUUAUUCAAGACCAGAAUUCAUUGCCAUCAACGUAACUAAAACAGCUGACCAAUGGAUACACCCCCUCUCUGUAAGCCCCGCCCUGUGAUGACAUUACAACUCCAGCUGCAGCACAGACUGAGCCUCAAACUGAUUAGAGAAACUUCAGCUGCAGAGAGAGAGAAGAAGAAGAAGAAUAACAAGAAGAAAAUGGCCGACUCAACCAGCAGCAGUAAUUCUUCAUCAUCAUCAUCAUCCAACAACUCCUCUUCCUCACUCAGAGACCUCACACAUUCAGCCUUGCAGCUCGUCCACUGGAAAGAACCGAAGAAAACAGCAGUGGCAUUUGCCCUGUCUUUGCUAAUUCUCAUCUCCGUGGCAACACUGUCUGUCAUCAGUGUGGUGUCCUACCUGCUGCUCACCUGUCUCUGUGUCACCAUAACCUUCAGGGUUUAUAAAUCAGUCAUCCAUGCCAUCCAGAAAUCAGACGAAGGUCAUCCAUUCAGGUCUCUGUUGGACAGGGACAUCUCUGUGUCCUCUGAGUCUGUGCGUUUGCUGGCUGACCAAUCUCUGGUCCACCUUAACUGGUUCACCAGUCAGACCAGGAGGCUGCUGCUGGUUGAAGACCUGGUCGACUCUCUGAAGUUGUCUGCAGUCAUGUGGAUGAUGACGUAUGUUGGUUCCAUCUUUAAUGGAGUUACCAUUCUGAUUCUCGCUGACAUCAUUUUCUUCACCACUCCACUGAUCUACCUGAAGAAAAAGACUCAGAUUGAUCAUUACAUCGAGUUGAUUCGGUCCAGAGUGGAGGAGAAGCUACACAAGCUGCAGGACAGGUUACCUGGAGCUGUGAAAAGAACCAAAUCCGAGUGACCACUGAACUACAGACGCCUGCCUGCACACAUUGUGGCCCCUAACUCUUCUCUGAUUGGUGUGUUUGUCGGCAAAUCACCUGCUGACUUUAAUCAGAAACUGUGGUAAUAAAAAAACCUUAUGAGAAACAGA